AUGCCCGUCCCCCUGGCAUUCAACGACAAUGUCGGCGAGACCAUUCCAGCGGACACGCCUCAUGCAGUCAGUGUGUCGCUACCAACCUGGGCCGCCAAUGUAGGCUACGAAGAAGGCCAGAAAUGGGUCAUGGACAAGAUGAAGUGUGGUUAUCCUCGCUUCUUCGUCCACAAGAGCAUCGACCGUCUCGCACUUGAAAUCGUCAAGCGUCACGGCAGCCCAUCGCAAAAGGCCAUGCUGUUUCCAACUCACAAAGUCGCCAAUCGCCUGCUAGAAUUCAUGCAUCGUAUCGCUCCCGAGUCUCAAGGCACCGCACGCAUCAUUGACUUUGUCCCGAACCCAAAGACCGAGUCACACGAUGAGUCUCAGCGCGUUCUACCUCGUCUGUCGGCCGUCUUAUACCCUGCCGAGCUUUGGCCUGUUGCCAAACAAGUCUGGCAACAUAGCGGAGACGGUGUUUCCAGCAGACGAGCAGAGUUCUGCGAGAAGCACUUGGUCGACGGCUCCAUGGUCGACAAGGCCACCAUCUACGACAAGCCUCGCAAGGGUCCCCGCCGUUACCAGCGCCAGAUGUCGGUCGAUUCUCCUCACCAGUCGCCAACCUCGGAGAAAGAUGACAAGGAUAGCACCGAUCCAUUUGCUUUUGUCGAAGAGCGCUUCGGUCGCAAUUUGAAUGUCCAGUUCGCAAAACAGGCAAAGCUCGCCAUUCGACGUCGUAUUGCUGGCUCCUUGACCUCGGACCUCGACCUGCAGGAAGCUCUGAAACAUCCCGAAGACGCCGAGCGUACGCGCAAUACUGACGGUCUUUCUGUUGACGACGUCUUCCUUUAUCCCACCGGCAUGAGCUCCAUCUUCAACACACACCGAAGCAUCAUGGCCAUCCGACCCAAGAACAAGAGCAUAAGCUUCGGCUUCCCAUACGUCGACACUUUGAAGAUUCUCCAGAAGUGGGGUCCCGGUGCCCUGUUCUACGGCAACGGUGAACAGGAGGAUCUGGAUGAUUUGGAGAAGCGCCUCGAGUCUGGUGAACGCUUCCUCGGCUUCUUUUGUGAAUUCCCUAGCAAUCCCCUCCUAAAAUGUCCCGACCUGCAACGCAUCCGUCAACUCGCAGACAAAUACGAUUUUGCUGUUGUCAUUGACGAGACCAUUGGAAACUUUUUGAACGUUCACGUGUUGCCCUACGCCGAUGUGGUUGUGAGCAGCUUGACCAAGGUUUUCUCAGGUGACAGCAAUGUCAUGGGAGGAUCGGCCAUCUUGAACCCUGCGGGCCGCUACUACGAUACUCUUAAAAAGUACAUGGCUCAAGACUAUGAGGAUAACUUCUUCGAGGAGGACGCCAUGUUCCUUGAGCGCAACAGCCGAGACUUUGUCUCUCGUAUCGCUCGCAUCAACAGCAACGCAGAAACCAUUUGCGAAGUCUUGAUGCAACAUCCGCGAAUCAAGCAAGUCAACUAUCCCAAGUUCUCACCUACGAAAAAGUAUUACGAUGCUUGCAGAUUACCGACCGGAGGAUAUGGAGGUCUGCUGUCGGCAACAUUCUACUCCAUGGAUGAUGCCAUGGUCUUCUACGACAACCUCAAUACCGCAAAAGGACCAUCAUUGGGGACCAACUUUACACUCAGCUCGCCUUAUGCUCUACUAGCACAUUACACCGAGCUUGAUUGGGCCGCGACCUUUGGCGUCGAGGCAAACCUCGUUCGCUUCAGCGUAGGCCUCGAAGAGACCGAGGCUCUGAAGAACAUCUUUAAGACGGCACUUGAUGCUAUUCCCUCGUCAGAAGCAAAUGGCGAUGGUACUAAGGCAUGA